AUGCCAUACGAAUUCACAUUUGUGAAGCUACCCUAUAAAAAUAUGAGGCAAUGGAAUCUUUGCAUGGUGUUGGAAAGGCAGUCUACAGGCCAUAGUACUUCUCAGCCAUCUGGUCAAGCAUGCCAAAAAAAUGUAAAAGAUUUUGAAAAGGACAUCAAGGGACACACUUCAGAGGCUGUGUUUCAUCAGACUGAGGCAUUAGGGAAAUUGAGGGAAAAUGGAGCCGAGUGCAUAUCUGCUUCUAUAAAUGGAAAACAGAAUUCCUCUCUUCUCCCCAAAGAUGAUAAACAACCUCUAUCUGACAGCAAAAUACACAAGAGGAUAGAGAAUGAUGACACUCCUCCGGCUAUCUCUCAUCAGCUAGAGGAAGUCUUACCAGUGGCCAUGUUUAAUGACUGUAAAAAAUCGUUAUCAGGAAAAAUUAUAGCACAGGAUUUUCCAAACACGGUAGAAGCCUUAAAGCCAGAAAAAGGCAAAUUUAUUAGAGAAGUCAAAUGCGGGGCUUUCAGUGUGCAAGUGGAAACCACAAAAAGCAUUUCCUGUAAAACAAGAGCACAUUUCCCCACAAAAAGGCGAUGUCCAACAUGUCACCAGCAUUAUUCUGUCCAGCAAGCACAGAGAGGCUCCAGAUCUUCGGGCAACUUCUCUAAAUACAGUACUGCAUUGGCAGAAAAUUUCAAACACAAGGUUCCAUGUACAUGGAAAAGAGAGGCUUCUAGAAGUGAGAUCCCUUCUAUGAACAUAAGCAUUGUAGGAAAAGAAAUUUUGGUUGAAUACAUAAGUAAAAAACAGAGCAUACUCAUCAAUAUCUCUCAUCCUAAAAGCGUAGGAAAAUCUAUAAAACAUAGAAAAAGUUCCUUGACUCACACCAUGAAAAAACCCUGUGACUCUCCUUCACAGCCUGGUAUAAAUCACCCUGAAAAUCGGAGGCUUGAAAACCAGAAUCCAAGUUCAAAUGCUUUGAAUGAUGCUCCCUGUGGUGUGAAUGCUGUCCAGAAAGAGAAUUCAGACACAGUUGUGGUUUCUCUAAGCUCACCUCCCAUGGGAGAGAAAACGAAACCCAACACACAGCCUUCAGCCCCAGAUGAUUCUAAGGGGGGAGAUCCUGCUACCUCUCAACAGAAGGUCUUCCAAAUGCCUCAAGACAGCCCCUCAAAACAGCAUUUCUUCCCAGCUAACACUUGUCUUCCUGUCUCAUCUGAAACCUUAAGGACCACACGUUUACAUAAUAUGGAUUUAAGUAAAAUGUCUUUUGAGGAUUCCAGGGAUGUAGAUAAAGAGAGGAAAACCAGUUCUGGUGUCAGGGAAAAUAUCACUUCAGAUUCCCAAGCACAGACAUGCACAGCAGGAACCAAUGGUCCCCUAAGAACUAUGAAUAGCAUGAUUCCCACUCAAGGUGCCUCAGGCUCUAAGUUUCGUUCUUUGUCUUUUCCAACCAUACAGCUCUUGGGAGAAAAAGCAGACAACAUGGGCUCCAGAGGUGACAAAAUUCUACCACGAGAAGACUAUGAGUGCUCAAAUUCUAUAUUCUUCCCUGUCAGUGAACCUGCUUUGGUGUCUUCUCCGUUACUUGGUCCGUCCCACUGGGUCACCAGAUAUUCAGAAUCUAUAGAGACUCCUGGGGACACACUUCCCCCUAGCCAAUAUAUUGGUGUUGAGAGAGAGAAGGACAAAGUACAUGGUGCUGUGAUUUGCAGAGGUAUUAAUGAGACUGUUUUUCAUAAUGAAUCUUCUGUGGACACACAACUAUUGGAAAGGAGGAGUUCAUCUAUGAAGAUUGCAUCCUGCAACAGCCCAGUUUCAAAGAGCCCACUUCAUGGCAAUAUACAGAGCUCUGUGGAAUGGGAUCAAACAGAGGACCAUGCAGAUCAUAUAGAGAUGACAGCCCUGGGCAGAACAGAAGUGCCAGCCAUGUCCUCUAUAACUAAUGUGUUGGAACAGAGACUCACUCCUCAAAAUCACAAAGAAGGUGCAGUUGUGUCUAACUGUCCCAUGGCGACAAGAAACCUUAGAGAGUCAGCCAGCUACCUGGAAAGUGUUGAAGAUGACAGAUGCCAGGCACCACCACUUGUGAAGAACACGUGCCACAGAGAUUUUGAAGACCUAAUUAGCGAGUAUCAAAAUGAAAACUGUGUUCAAAUGGACUUUCCGCCAAAUUCCGUUGACUCCACCUGUACGGCACAUGCUACAGAAAAGCUAUUUCUUUUUGAUAAGGGACUAAGCAUUAAUGAAGAUCCGAAUAGUAAUGGAGGUGACAAAAGCCUUGGACUUAACAACUUCCAACAGGACGCAGCAGAGUGCCAAAGGAUUGCAUCAAGAGCACACUUUGAAGAAAAGGAGCACAAAAGUGACCUCACAGAAACUUCCUACCACCCUGCAGACAUAUUGUUGUCUCCUCAGAAGCAGAAGGCUCUAAAAGACGAGAAUUUGGAGAUCACUAAGGCGCGAAAGCUGUCGCAGGAAUUGGCUCUAAGAGGUGGAAGAGCCAGUGAUGGUUCCCAGGAAGAAGCAAUAGACCAGUGGGCCAGGAGGAGGCAGCAGUUCAAGGACGGCAAGAGGUGCAGCUCAGCUGGGGCCAGCUCGCUCAUCAGCAACUUGACUGAAGGCUCCAUCACCUCUGAUGAUGCUCAUUCUGUGGAUCUGGGCUUUCGAGUUGAUAUUGAAGAAAAAGGAUUCUACACGGAGAACUUCCAUUCCACCGCAUGGGUCUUCCGGGGGGAUGGUGGGAAUCCUGAAGAAAGCCCCAGGUGUCUUAGUAAAAAGCCAAGACCAGUCGCUGUUCGUGAACGAACUGUGCGACUAUUCAAAGGAACUGGAGAUUAUCCCUGGGGAUUCCGGAUUCAGUUCUCCAAACCCAUCGUGGUAACUGAAGUGGAUACCAACAGUGCUGCUGAGGAAGCUGGACUUCAGAUCGGAGACGUGGUGCUGUCUGUCAACGGCACUGAGGUCACCAGUGUUGAGCAUGCAGAAGCUGUGCACCUUGCAAAGAAAGGUCCAGACAUCUUGACAAUGGUGGUAGGAUCCGACAUCAGCCGCUGUCCAAACACCCCGUGGCCCACCUGCCGUGGCUACCUGCACAAGAGGACUCACACGGGCUUUGUGAAGGGCUGGAGGAAGAGGUGGUUUGUGCUGAGGCAUGACAGCUGUCUCCUCUAUUACAAACACAGAAAGGAUGAAGGGAAGUGGCCACCUCUAGAUGUAAUAAAAUUAGAAGGAGCAGAAAUUGACAUUGACAACAGCUUGGGAAAACCAUUUGUGUUUAACUGUAUGCCACAGUCUGGGAGUAGAAUAUUUUGCCUCUGUGCGACUUCAAACCAAGAGAUGAAAAGGUGGCUUGAGGCAAUGUACAAAGCAGCCCGUCCUAUCCGCCAGAACCAUGUCUGGGAAGAUGUCACGCUGCACAACAGUAGCCUCCCACCUCUGGCCAUCAAACACCCUGAAUGUCUAGGCCUUCUGCAUCAGCUGGAGACAAGCACAGAUGAGUGGGUCCAACACUAUUGCAUUCUGAAGGAUGGCUGCUUGUACUUCUAUGCGAGCAUUCGCUCCACUCAGGCGUCAGGUGGCCUAUAUCUUCAAGGAUAUAGGGUGACUGAACAGACCCACGGCUUUGAGCAAUCCGUAAUUGAACUCAAGCCUUCAUCAGAAGAGUUCAAGACUUUCUAUUUCUGUGCAGAAAAUAAAACAGAAAACCAGCGCUGGAUCACAGCUUUGAAAACAUCUAUCAAAAAAUGGCUUCCUUUGGACCAAGCUAUUCAAGAGUUCAUGAACCGACCUCUAGAGGAGACCAGAAUGUGAAAGAAACUCCAAUUAAAAAGACAGAUUCCACAAGGCCGUUCCCAGCUUGAGGAAAGAAGUGAAACACUUCUUUCCCAACGCUCUGAAACGCAGUUUUUCAAAUGGAUCUACUUCUUAUGCAUUAAAACCUGGAACCACUCGCCACCAUCAGCGUUCAAGCAUUGCACUUACAUUAUAGCCGAGGCUGCUUACAUGUACACCAGGGUACCCCCAGCACCCUACCUCCAGCUCUUGAAGACAUAAAUGAACAUGUAUUUGUCUCAUUUUUUAAUACUCUUUGCUAAAUGUUUCAUUCAGUACUUUGGCCGCAAACCUCAAGGGAAAUCUUUGGGCCAGGACACAGGACAUUAGAGAAAA